ACGUAUAUAUCUCCCUAAAUUUUCGCCGGACUCGGUCCCCGGCCGCGGGAGGGUCCAUCGCUCGCGUAUACUGAUUUAUAGGUUAGUCGGUUUUCGGAACCCGACCCGGUACACGCGAACACACGACCGACAACCAUGUCCGCGUACGACUGGCAUCCGCAGCAGCAGCGGCAACAGCAACAACAGCAGUUUGUCGUAGACGAAACUCAUCUGCACGAAGUCAAAGGUGCCGGCAAGAGGUCCAGGCAAACGUACUCCAAAUACCAGACGGCCGUGCUGGAGACGGUGUUCCAGACUUCCAGGUACAUAGUGCGGAACAAGAGACAGCAGAUGUCGGCCGAGCUGAGCCUGACCGAGCGGCAGAUAAAGAUAUGGUUCCAGAACAGGCGGAUGAAGGAGAAGAAAUGUCACAAGGAAACACCGAGGAUCGUCGUCGACCAGCAUGUGCAGCCUCGGGUGCAGGGCGAGUGCUGUCCGCCGACGGCAUUGGUUGCCGGUUACGCCGAAGACUACUGCAACAACGCCAUCGAGCCGGCCGACGACCCGAGGGACGACGACGUUUUCGGCGGAGGUUACCACCCCGCAGUGACCAAACACCGACCGGACGACGGCGGUGGUUACGCCGUUUACGGUGGAUACGAUUUGCUGACCACAACUACGGACCCGUACGACCAACGUGUGGCGAAACAACAGUGUUGGUCUGCUCCCGUCGACUUCCAUCAAGACUUAUACGGUGAUCUCGAUUCAAGCCAUUUUCAAAGACUUUCGACGAAUCACCACCACUAUCCGUUGAAUUCACAAGUACAGGACUACUGUCCGCCACAGCUGCAAGCUGCACAUGGUUAUUGACGGUGGUCACUGUAUUCUUCAACACGAGUAUAAAUAGUAUAAUAUGCAGUUCGACCUAUAUAUUAUAAUAUUAUAUUAUUCGUUCUUGCAUAAUAUCGUUCGACUGCUACAUGGUGAUAAAAUUCUAGUCAAUUCACAAAAAGGUGCUGUCCAGCUGAUAACAGUCGUCUCGUAGGGCCAAUCAUGACAAUAUUACUAUAAGAUAUCAUGAUGAAUACGAAAACUCCGUCAGAAUUACGCGCCCUUUCGGAUCAGACCACCCACACACUGCCACCGGAUGACGCUGCAGCUACUACACAUAAUUCGGUCCUAAUCUCACUUAACACAUGGAAAUAUGUGAAUCAUUCUUUAUCAUUAUUAUCAUUAUUAAGUAUUAUUACUUUUUUUUUUCUUAAAUUUAAAAUUCUAAUCAAAAUUAUAGUAUA